AUGUCUACACCUCUCCUACACCUCAAAACCGCUCGUCAAGUCGACCAGGCCAUCCGCUCAGAAUAUGACCGCCUAGUCAUUAUUCGCUUUGGCAACAACAGCGACCCACUAUGCACACAAGUAGACGAGCUCUUCGGCUCUGUCUCUGGAAAGAUCCAAUCCCUCGCGAUUGUCUAUAAGGUCGAUAUCACCCAGCUCACGGACUUCAAUAGACUCUACGGAUUGAAUGAUCCCUGUAACGUGGUGUUCUUUUUCCGCAACGAGCAUAUCUCUGUCGACAUGGGCGUGGAUGGAUUUGACUUGGCAAACUACUGGUCGCUAGUCGGACAUCAGGAUUUGGUGAACCUUGUAGAGAUGACGCUAGUGGCAGCGCAUAAAAGAACAGGCCAUACCAUCCCCCCAGCGAUCGACUCGACAAGGUGCAGGAGCCGAUUAAGUGAGAGGAGGUCUUUGACCAAGAGGACGACUUUUGGAAUUCUGGACGCAUGA